AUGAGUGAUUCCGGUGUGAGUUGGUUAGACCCGCUAAGUGCCUGUAUAAUAUUCACAAUUCUCAACUUUGGCACUAUCGAAAUCUUGAGAAAUAUUGUCUAUCGACUCAAUUUCAAUUUGAGAACGUUGAUUCUGAUGUACGAAUUUCUCGGCGCUCUCUCGUUUUGUACAUGUCAUUAUGCUGAAUCUAUCAUGUUUGACAACUAUGGUUACAUUGCAAUGAUCGUCGUGUCGUCAUUCAACAUCAAUCGCUUUUACUAUCUCCAUCGCAGAUCCGAUGAGAAACUCUGGGAAACUCAAAACGGACUACGCGCGCGUCUUGCCAAUGAAGAUUUCGGAGGCUACGAAAAGGUUCUACGAUUCCUCGGCGGAUGGUUUUCAUACGUUCCGUCCUAUUUGUGUUGGGCUGUCAUCCGGGAAGCUUUCGGGAUUGUACUGAAAAAGCAUGGUGGCCACUAUCCGUAUGACAAUGCGCUUUUCACCAUCAUUUUAACCGAAUUCGUCUUCGGUGCAGCUAUCCGUGUGAUGUUCGAUUGGUAUUCCGAUUCUAAACUGCUCCAUCUCAUUCCAUUGAUUUAUGCGGUUAUCUUUAGUUCUGGACAACAGGUUGGCAGACCUCCCGGCGCUCAUCCGAUCAUCACAUUUGUCGGAAUUACUAUGGGAGUUGAGCCGAAUUUCUUGUAUUUCUUCCUUCAUGCUAUCUAUAUCUAUGCUGGCUGGAUGCUUGUUGUGAAGCUGCCACUCCCCGAGGCACUGCUGGUUCGUGCUCCAUAUCUCAGUGAACGCAGAGCACAGAAUCAGAAAUUGCUGAAUAAGAUCUUGAAGACACGCAAAGGAAAAUAA